CGUCUAAUCCUCGCUAGGUGGUGCUGUGCCGUGAGAUUCGGCCCUCAAAUCUCUCCGGAGGUUCCGAAGAAGAAGAGCACGUGUUUCCGGUUUUCCUCGGAGAGAAGUGUUUUUGAGGUAACAGAAAUAAAAUGGUGCGUAAAUUAAAAUAUCACGAGCAGAAGCUGUUGAAGAAGGUAGACUUCAUCAACUGGGAGGUGGACAACAACCUGCACGAGGUGAAGGUGUUACGGAAGUAUCACAUCGAGAAGCGCGAGGACUAUACAAAGUACAACAAGCUGAGUCGGAACAUCAGAGAACUGGCGCAGAAGAUCAGAGACCUGGAUGAGAAGGAUGGCUUCAGAGCUCAGAGCACACACCGCUUCCUGGAAAAGCUGUACAGCAUCGGCCUGAUCCCCACCAGACAGAACCUGUCGCUGACAGAGAAGGUCACGGCCUCGUCCUUCUGCAGGAGGCGUCUGCCCAGCAUCAUGCUGAACCUCCGCAUGGCUCAGAACCUGAAGACGGCCAUUACGUUCAUCCAGCAAGGACAUGUUCGUGUCGGCCCGGACAUCGUCACAGAUCCAGCUUUUCUCGUCACGAGAAAUAUGGAAGAUUUUGUAACCUGGGUGGACUUGUCGAAGAUCAAGCAGCACGUCCUGAAUUAUAAUGAUGAGAGGGACGACUUUGAUCUGAUGGCAUGAGUGGGAAUGAACUGUGCUGCAAAGACAACGGAAGAGGAGAAAUGCUUUAAACUCCAACAGCACAGACUUACGGACUUGUGGGAAAACGUUGGCCAUGAUUUACUGUAGAGUCCUUCUGGAUAUGAAGGAUGAAUGCUGCCACAUUCAGCAUGAAGCGGUUUUUAAAUGUAAAACUCCUGAGUCCUGGCUUUAACAUUAGGACCAGUAAAUGGGCCCUGAUUUCCUUUAAUUCGGGCCAUCGGCCGAUACUUGCAGAGCACCUGAAUAAUUUUUUUUUUUAAAUUGAUAUCGGCCAAAAUCUGAAUCGGCAGAUCAGGUUGACCUUAUGGACCCAUUGACUCACAUGUAAGUGUCUUUCCUUGUGAUCGUUAAGGGGUAAAAGAUCUGUGAUCAGCCAGAAAUCCUCAAUCGGUGAAGCUCUGUUUAAAAUACCUCAGGAUAUUAAUUUAAUUCCAGAGAUUUUUUUGAAAAUAUAAAAAAAAAUCUGAUUCUUCCAGCUAAUUUCUUUGCUUCAAAUCACACUAUUCUAACCUGUUUGUCACCUCAUGGUAAAAAUCCAGGUCCUUUAUUUUGGUUGUGUUUUUAUUGCUUGUUCAUAACAAUUCAAAAAU